UGUUUUUAAAAAAGCGGCGGUUGGUCCUCGACCACCUUUAGAUGAAUCAAUAGCAACAAAUUUUGUAUCCCAGUUUUCUAGCACAAUAGUAAAACUGGGAUCCUGGUGUUUUUCUGUAAAGAUUUAAGCUCCUUGACCGCACCAGGAUCAUGCAGCACCAGCAGUAUGCAGAGGAGCAAGGCCUUCUAGGCUCACUGUGUCCUGGACAGAAGAAGCUAAAGGGGAAGACCUUCUAUCUGGACAGUGUGAAGAAACGCUCAACAGCCCUGCUUUUGGAGGCCAUAUCUCUUCUGGGAGGGCGGGUUGAGAGUUUCCUCCACAAGGAUGUGAGCUUUGUUGUGACUGGAAGCCAAGAGAGCUUGAAGAAGCAAAGGAGUACAGAUACCACAGCAGGGGCCACGGGAACAAGUGAAGACACCCAACGUCCUAUAAUGACACGAGAGUGCGUCCUCAGCAAUGAGAAACGGCGACAAGGAACCCCUAGACCAAUGGUUUGUGGCAGCCGUGGGAAGGCCCUGCUUGAAAAAGCCAUUUGCAACAAUGAAAGACUCCAGAGGAGCAGUGUUUUGACCAAUGCCUGCUCAUGGGGAGUCAAGAUUUUGUAUGUGGAUGAUGUCCUUUUAUAUUUGAAACAGUUGACUCGAGAGAGCUUCAGCGUGGUGCACAAGAGACCAGAGAGGACUUACACCAAACAACAAGGUUCUCAUGUUGUCAAAGCUGGAGAUUUGAGGUCUCCCUAUCUUAAAAUUGAAGACUCGAGCAGGAAAUACAAGCCCUUGCAUAUGCAGUCUAUGACCUUCCCCACUCUGUGGUACUCGGGCCGAUUUAGUCCAUUUGAAUGUCCUCCUCCUCCUCAGUUUGAAAAACGGACUGAGCAAGGACAGAAUAAAACAAGGGAGAAGAAAAAGGUUGAAAACAGCAAUCAGGACAAAUGUCAAACCCCACUCAGCUGUAGCCCUUCACCUUGGAAGCCACGCAAAAAGGACCUGUCUUACUGUGAAUGCUGUCAUCAACCCUUUGCUAAUCUGGAGGAGCACUUGCAGUCUGAUGAGCAUCGUGCGUUUGUGCUGGACCUCUCCAACUACACUGUGGUGGACCAACUCGUGGCUGAAAUGGUCCCGGGAUUCAACCCGAAUCUGACACAACAAGCACAAGAAACACUGAAUCGACCACCAACUCCCUUGCUCAGCCAAGAACUGGAGCCUCUCAGUGACACUGAGACGGAGCAUGCUGUUCAGGCCCUGCAGAGACAAAGUUCUUCAUUCAGUGCUCAUAUAUCCAGCCCUACUAGAGGUCCUUUUGCCCCUGGACCAGGCAAACAAUCACCAGGAGUUCCGUUCCCCAUCCCAAAUCCAGCCACUCCACCUGCUGACAUUCAUCCUUUCAUCACUGACACAGACUGCCAGAUCCCUGACAGUCAUCUUCGCCCUUCAAGUCCAGCCAUGCCUGUAUUGGAUGUUGAACCACAAGCCCUCGACUCAGCCAGCCAGCAACCUGAUGCUCAACAUCUCUCCCCCUGCCCUGACCCUUACUGCCUGCCUCCGGUCCUCAGCCCACAAAUCCCUGAUCCCUCCCACAUUAUGGAGCCAGACUGCCUUUACUCAGACCCUCCUGUCCUCAGUCCUCAACAAUACAUUGCAGACGAGCUUAAGAGAGGACCAACACUUGAAAUGGACAUUGCAGAAAGUGUGUGUCAGUCUGUCCCAGCUGCCACAGUUCCUAUCUCUACCCUGCUUCUCCCCUCUGAGCCUUUAAGAAAUGCUGAAGGAUUAAAGGGAUCAAACCAAGACAGUCUUUUAGAAUUUAGUGGGAUCAUAUGUUCCGCCAAUGGUUUGGAGUGCGCCACACUGUUUUCACGUAGAUCUCGUUCCCUUCCUCGACAGUCAGCGACGGCACCAAACCCCAAAAAGCGCUGUAGAUCGGCCAGCCCCAAACACAGCCAUAGCAAAAGGAGGAGAAUAAGAGCAAAAUUUGACUAUAGUGGUAGCUGGACUGAACAAGGGCAUAAAUCUUCAAAACCAGAAAGUGACAUUAUAGCAACACCUGAGGGCUGUUUGUUAUCUGACAAGGUCUCCAGUCAGAUAAUACAGUCUUGCCAUAACCCAAAAAUCUCUUCGGCAUACACUCAGGAAUCACUUGGUGUAAGAGAGAUUUUUACCAUGUUGUAUGUUCCUGCUAUACAAUACUUCACUCAGGUGCCAAAUCAAAUAGACAUUUUAGGUCAUGGUAGCACUUCUGUUGCCGAUCAGCCAUCACGGCCACCUCCCUCAAAAAUGAAGACUUUUGAUCCUCACUUUCACUCCCUCCAUGAUAAAUCUCACAGUGCAUUUUCCAGUCAAGAGUCUCAACGUUCACUGUCCCACUCCACCUCAGUGUGCAUCGAGUCGGCUCUCAUCCCAGACUUAGCCACGCUCUCUCCAUCAUCAGACUCUGACUGGGACUGUGACUUGCUGUCACGGCUGGGCCCGACCCCUGCUCCUUUGUCACCCACUGAGCAGAGCUGUGAGCUCGACAAGGAUCUUCUCCACAGGCCGUGCACCUGGAUGCACGACACCAGCUAUGAGUCACGUCUGCACACUGUCCUUCAGCCGUCAACCCCGGCGGCGUCGCUGUGUGUGGAAGAAAUGGACCCCUCUGUGUUUUCCAGGACUGUGGUACAGAUUGUUGAGGUUCAGCACUGAUUAUUAUUUUCCUGAUAAUUUUAAAGAACUGGAAGAACCACUACCUGGACACCUGAAGUAGUAAGUCUUUGGGUUUGCAUCUGCAUAUCCUACUGCAAGAAACAAUUGGCAGCACUCUUAAGGUCAAUGAAAUGUACACUGAAUAAAUAUCUAAAACUUAGUGCAAACUAGUACAGUAUUUUGCUGCUUUUAGAGGUGCAGAUUUCUAUUUAAAUUUUAUUUUUUGUUGAAGUAGAUGUUGCAUAGUGGAAUCUGCAUCUUCCCAUGAAUUUGAAGCUCAUCCAUUUUCAUUUUUCUUCUGAACUUCUCAUCCUCCUUGUGCACAGGGCCCUAAGCAAUAUUCUGUAUGUCUUGCUGACUGCAGUGUUUCAGCAGCUAUGUCCGGGAACACAUGGUGGUAUUGAGAAUUUAAUGAGGCUUUUCUGAAGGGGGCAUUACUCAAUUACUCUAAGUGCUGUGUCUGGAUCAGAUCCCAUUCAGACUGGUGUUGAUGAGGCCUUAGUAGAGUGGAAGACUUACACAACCUGUGAGAUGUCAGAUGACUUUUCCUGCCUUUUGAAGGUGGGCCAAAGGUUGGGUUUUGUCAAGGAGAGGUGACUGCUUCACAGUAGUGUGCUGCAGCUACAGAGAGGUUUAUUAUCUUCACUUGGGCGUGGCUACGUCACGUUCCGGCUGCGACUUGGCUGCCUGAGUUGAUUGGCCAUUCUAGGCAGUGCUUGUGAUUCCACCAGAUGCACCGCAGCACGUUUGAGACGCAUCCAAGAAGCGACCCUCUGCUCUGCUCCGCUUAAAAUACGCAGUAUGUCUAUUUUUGACAGAAGCCGCAUCAAGCUGCACAGAGCAGAUCGAGCUGGGCAGGAAAUCAGACACUGGAACAGUAUAAAGAAUCCAGUCAAUCUUCAAAAUUAAACACUCUGUGCAGACUUGUUUUGAUUUAUCACAUCAAAAAAUAAACAAUUUAAAUAUGCAGCCUUCUUAUCCAUGUUAAAAUUCAAUCCAGCAAAAUUUGAGCAAGUCAGAAAAAUUGGGCAGGUAAAAUGCUCUACUUCCCAGUGGGGUAUGAAACUGCAGAGGACAGAACAAUUGUGGCCGUUGGAAUCUCCCUGUCAGGCCAACUUACCAUUAAAGACUUGUCAUUGCUCAUCAGGAGCAGACAAAACUCAAAACCACAUGUUAUCAGAAAAGCCCACCAUCUGCUGAAUAUCUUACAUGGACAUUUAAAACAGAUGCAUGUAUGAGCAAAUUUCUCUUAUGGAAAUGUGUCAAAUUGUGUGUGUUUUAAUGGAAUAAAUGUUUUUAACUAUAAACAUUUCCUGCUGCAUAGUUCAGAAAAAGUUGUUGCACGGGUACAGCAAAGUUAAGAACUGUUGGAGUAUACUGAAGGUGAUUUUUCCUGUGGUCUUAUUAAAUGCUGACUCUGCUUACAGGCUAAAGAAAAAACAAAUGGGGAGGGAAGGAUGA